AGUCCAGCAUACUGUUUUGAGGCUUUGCCUACAGCUUCUUUGCAGUAUAAGCAUAGAAUAUAUACACCCAGGAAGGCAAUCAGAGAGAGAUGGACUUCCAGCACAGAGCUCACCCGUACCCCAUCCCAGAGGAUGAAGAGGUUGCAUACAAGGUUGCUCCUGAUGCUCACAACUCUGCAGGAAAUGAAGGAGAGAAACCAGUGUCAAAAUUGCAACGUAGGCACAGUGAAAUAAAACUCUACAAAGAGUUCUGUGACUUCUAUGCAAAAUUCAACAUGGCGAACGCGCUUGCAAAUGCCAUCUGUGAGCGCUGCAGGGGCGGCUUUGCCCCUGCCGAGAAAAUAGUCAACAGCAACGGUGAGCUGUACCACGAGCAGUGCUUCGUCUGUGCCCAGUGCUUUCAGCAGUUCCCUGAAGGGCUCUUCUACGAGUUUGAAGGGAGGAAGUACUGCGAACAUGAUUUUCAAAUGCUUUUUGCCCCUUGCUGCCAUCAAUGUGGUGAGUUCAUUAUUGGUCGUGUUAUUAAAGCCAUGAACAAUAGCUGGCAUCCAGAGUGCUUCUGCUGCGAUAUCUGCCAAGUAGUAUUGGCUGAUAUUGGAUUUGUCAAGAAUGCUGGCAGACAUCUCUGCCGUCCUUGCCAUAACAGGGAAAAAGCCAGAGGCCUGGGAAAGUACAUUUGCCAGAAGUGUCAUGCCAUUAUUGAUGAACAGCCUCUCAUAUUCAAAAAUGACCCUUAUCACCCUGAUCAUUUCAACUGUGCAAACUGCGGGAAGGAACUUACUGCUGAUGCUCGUGAGCUGAAGGGAGAACUCUACUGCUUACCCUGCCAUGACAAAAUGGGUGUCCCCAUCUGUGGGGCAUGUAGAAGACCAAUUGAAGGCCGUGUGGUGAACGCUAUGGGAAAACAAUGGCAUGUGGAGCAUUUUGUUUGUGCAAAAUGUGAAAAACCAUUCCUGGGUCAUCGUCAUUAUGAGAGAAAGGGCUUGGCGUAUUGUGAAACUCACUACAAUCAGCUAUUUGGUGAUGUUUGUUUCCAUUGCAACCGUGUGAUUGAAGGAGAUGUUGUGUCUGCUCUGAAUAAGGCAUGGUGCGUGAACUGUUUCGCUUGUUCAACUUGCAACACUAAGUUAACACUCAAGGAUAAGUUUGUUGAAAUUGAUCUAAAACCUGUCUGCAAACACUGUUAUGAGAAAAUGCCAGAUGAAUUUAAGCGACGGCUUGCCAAACGGGAACGUGAAGCAAAGGAUAAAGAGAAGCAGAAAAAGAAAAAGCCAAUCUGUUUGUAAACUUUUUUCCUUCUUACCACCAUCCCUGCUGUUUUCUUCUUUGGAAUAAAUUCGUUGAGUUUGAUAUGAAGCCUGUCUGCAAAAAGUGUUAUGAGAAGUUUCCUCUAGAGCUGAAGAAAAGACUGAAGAAACUAGCUGAAACUUUGGGAAGGAAGUAAAGACUUCAUCUGCUCUCCCCUUCCUUUGCAAAAAUCUUAGAGAUAUUACUUGGUGGGGUGAGGUGGGGGACAGGCUGUGGGCUGCUUUGAUGCUGCAGUCAGACAACAAAUGAUGAUGUAUGCCUUCUAUCAAAAUAUCAUAAGAUUCUCUGUUCUCUUUACAUGUAUACUUAUUUGUUGAUAAACAGACAGUACUUCCAGACUAAAUUAAAUAGCAGCUCACCCAUUCUGUACACUAAUCUCUGUGGAAUUUUACAGAGAGAAAAUUUGCUUGUGAGCACCUGUGAAAACAAACUGUGCAAAUGUGCCCAACUUUAGGGGCAUGAAUUGUCACUUAUGUUAAUGAAAAUAUUAACCUUCAUAUUAAGCAUGCAGACAAAACUUGUUCAACUCAUGUUGUGAUUUGGGCAAGAAACCAAUGUACUUUGCCUCAUAGAAAAAUUCAUGCUUGGAUUUCAGGCUGAGAAGUUUCAUUAAGGAGCCUUGUUUCAGAUGGUUUGAAAACUAUCAGAUUUCUAAAUAAAGUCACUGUACAAAUUACCUACUUCAGAUAGAUUAUGCUUACAUGAUGAAUGUUUGUACAUCAGGCUUAGCAUGAGAUACCUAUAUAAAAAUGUAUUCCUAUUGCAAGAAAUGAGCAUACUCAGAACUACUUGAAUUUUGCUAUAUUCCACUUAAAAUAACACAUUAACUUUUAUAUAUGCUUUAGCAUUUUAUUUACUUUUUGUGCCUUAUUCUGCUGGACCAUACAUAACAGUGUUCCAUUAAACAUAUAUAGUUUUAUUUUUUAUUUCAUAUUUUUAUGCAAAAACUAUAUAGAAGGUAUUUUCAAAAGAUAACAUACUUUGCCUUAAUUAUAAAGGAUGUGAGAAGCAUUUUAUUUCAAAUGUGAACAUCUGAAUUUAAAACGUAGCUUCUAGACUGCAGUAAUUUUCAGAAAAAUACUGAAAAUGCAUAUUUCAAUUAACUGGCAAUAUUACUUUUACACCUGUGAGUGUAAAUAUGCAAGGUUCGAUCCUGCUAGGAUCUACUUCUUUAGCCAUCCUCAUGGACUGAGCUUACAAAUAAUCAAAAUUCCUUAUAACAUACAUUUAAUUCUUUUAUACUGUUGACUUCUGUCCAUGCAAAUUUGUUUUAUUUUUCCCUUCUUAUAGAAAAUACAGUUACUUAGGACUUCUUGAUGGUACUACAUUAUGAAGUACACAAACUUUUUUUAACUUUUUUUUAUAUUAGUGAUUUAAACAGAUUUUAUGUAAUUACAUAAUAGGAAGUAAAAUUUUCUUUCCUGUUUAUGAAAAAUAAACAUCUGCUUUCCACUGUCAUCAAUAAAGGUCAUGUUAUUAAACCUUG